AUGGCCGCAGAAGUUGGCGCUUUAAAGCAAAUUAUGAAUUCACAAGUCAGCAUUAUUAGUGAUCUGCGCAUUGCUGCGAGUGGGAUCUGCAACCGGGUGUGCUCCCUGGAGCGGGAGCGCAAUGAGCGGGCCUGGCCCUGUCACGACGCAAGCUAUGCCUCUUGUGUCUGCUGUGAAAGAGGUCCUGACCCAUGGGGAGCAAAGUACGGCGGAGACAGCGACUCCGACAGUACCGGCUCUGGAGGUGGAUGCAGGGACCGCUGCGGUGAGGAGUUUACUGGGGCAACAGUCGCCAAAGUGGAGUAA